AUGCAAUUUUUGGCGCGUUUUUUGUUUUUAUUGGUUAUAGGCCAAUCCUUGGCCGUUUUGAAUAACAGCCCACAGGAUUUGUCCCCCAAGCCGUACAGUUAUAAUGAACCAGCAACUCAAUAUCUACCCGCUGAUAUCAAUGCCCACACCAAUAUACAACGACCUAUUGAGGAUUCAACUGUGCAACCAGGAUUAUAUAAAUAUCCCAAACCGAAAAUUUUAACACCAAUUUCCUAUAAACCCCUUGAUCCUGCUUACAAAGAGCAAGCUGCCCAAGGUGCUUAUCAUUACAAUGGAGUUGUACCACAGAAUGAAUUGUCAUUCAAAAAGGAUUACAAUGGAGUUUUACCGCACUCUGAUAAAAAGGAAUACUCUUCAGGUUCAUAUUACUACAAUGGAGCUGUACAAGAAAAUUCUCCAGCAACCAAUGCCCAAGGACCUUAUGAGUACAACAGGAUACCAACAUCCAAUAAUCCUUCAGCUUCUAUGGAAAAUAUUCCAAUUUCCUCCCAAAAUACACCACAGCCUAAUAAAGGCUUCUAUCAAUAUGAAGCUCCUUCUCAACACCAGGAUGCUUUACCAACAAAACCCACUUAUCCUAAUAACCAACAGAAUCAGGAUGUAACACAUUUCCAUUAUCUACAAAAUGGAGAGAAUGCUUAUCACUAUACCCUGCCCGGUGAAAAGGAUUCCUAUCAGUUUCAAAAACCUUUUCUUCACAACAUACAGCAAUCUCAACAAGAUUCAUCUGCAGAAAAACCUACAGUGUCAAAAGAACACAAUGGAGCUACAGUACAAGACCCUUCAGUUUAUAAUAAUAAAGUUCCUUAUCAAUAUGCCACACCAACAAAAGAUUCGUCUGCUGUACAAGCAACUAUGUCAAAUCAACAUAAUGGAGCUAAACCACAAUUUUCUUCAUCUCAUAACAAUGCGGGUCCUUAUCAAUAUACCACACCAACAAAAGAUUCAUCCGCUGUAAACCCAGCUUUUUCAAACCAUCAUACUGACCAGAUUAAUGGAGUUAUACCACAAUACUCUCCAACUAAAGGUCCUUAUCAUUAUUCUCCACCUUCCAAGGAUAAUGGAGUUACUCCGCAAUACCCUGCAACAUUUAAUAAUGAAGGUCCUUAUCAAUAUUCCCCACCUUCAAAGGAUAAUGGUCCCUGGACUCCAAUUGCCAUUAAAAAUGAUGCAACACAACAAAACCCUUCCACGACCAAGAGCGAAACAAAAGGAUCUUCAGGGCCUUAUCAAUAUAAUAGACCGGAACAAUAUAUUCCUUCGCCGCCGUCAUCUGAACAAAAUCCUUUGAAUCAAGCUUUACCAAAUUUAUCUGCUAUAAACAAACAUGACCCUCAGAGGGAUUUUAAUCAACAGCAUAACCUCUCAGCAGAUAAUAAUCCUACUACAGAUUCCAUACAACCAGCUGAUUAUCAUUAUAAUAAGCAAUCUGUGGAAACAUCUUCAAACUCAGUUGAUAAUUUAAGUGUUAGUGCACAUUCUCCUUCAUUUCAAACCUCUCCCACAAAAGCUUCUCAUUAUCAGCAACAAAAUCCUACCCAAUACACAACACCUUCCAAGCUGUAUCAACCUCCAAUUUAUGAAGCAACUACUACAUCAACAACAUCCACAACAAAUUCACCACAAUUUCAACAAGCUCCAUACCAAUAUCGUCCAUCCAUUGAAUAUCAAACACAAUCUUCACAAAUAAAGCAACAGUUAAAUAGCAGCCCUCUUCCUCCAACAUCUACCUCCUCAUAUCAUGGACCAGAUUAUCAAUAUUUGCCUGCUACAACUAUAAAGCCCAAUUCGAAUAAUCCUUCCAAUCCAGCACUUAAUUCAACUUCUUCCAGUAACAAGGGUCCAGUGGCUUUGAAUGAAGGUUAUCGUUACAAUACUCCAGCCUUAAAAGAACCUUCUGCUCAUAAGGAAAACUUCAAUGGCAUCAAUUAUAAUGAACUAGGCAUGGGUAUGAAUGUUACUUCUAACAUAGAGCAUAAACCUAAAGAUCACCAAAGACCAGAUUUUGCUAAAACUGAAGUUGAAAGUAAUCAAGGCUAUAUAUAUGGCAAACCACAAGGAAAUCGUUUGGAUAUAAAUAAAGAUGGAUAUAAUAAAGAUGGUAUAACUCAUUUGAUACCGGUACCCACCAUGCCUUCAUCAUAUAUUUAUUAUAGACCUCAUAAGAAAUUUGAAACUUCAGAGAAUUCUAAAGGAAAACAGCAUAACCAGCAACAAAUUCGAAAUGAAACUUUAGAAGAUAAUAGACCUUCAAGCCAAAAUAAUGCAGGAUAUUCUAAAGGUCCUCUAUAUACUCCAUCAUUACAAGAAAAUUCUUUAAACACCCAGCAAGCUUCUUCUCCACCUAGUUUACCACAAACUUGGGGGAAUGUAGGAUCAUAUACAUAUAAUCCUCCCAAUCAUCAAAGUUCAUUGCCGCAUAGAACUGAGAAACCCACAAUGAAACCUCUUCAGCAGCUUGUUGCACCAAGUUAUCAAGGCACAGAUGUUAGACCCUCUCCACAAGUAACAAAUAAUGUUAACACAAAUGGUUAUAAUUACCAUACCAAUUCCGAAAAGGAUGCUCUGCAAACCGCUUUGUCUCCCAAUAUUGCAUCAUCUUCAUCUUCUUUCAAGCAAGACAAGCCAUCAUCUUCAUCCAGUACUUCUACAUUAAAUCAUAAUGGUAACAUUGCUCAAAAUGCUAACAAUCAUCAAAAUGAACUAUUCAAUCCUCAUAAGUUUACAGGCUACCCAGCUCAUGAAUCGGAUUCAUACAACAAUAGGCCAUAUAUUGUUGACAAUAAUAACAUUAGACGACCUGAAUCUCAACAUGCAUCACCAACUUCUUCAAGUGCAGAAUCCGCAAACUAUGCUAUACCAACUCAAAAAGAACCUCAAAGGUCUAAUCCGCUGCAUUCAACUUUACUACCAUCAAAUAAUAAUCCAGGGAAUAUGCAACAGCAGAAUAUACAGACUUUUGACCUUAAAAAUCAACUUCAAACAUCACCCAUGAAUCAACAGGGAUCGUCAACAUAUCCCUUAGAGAAUAAUUCACAAUUUAAACCCUCUUUACAAUAUAUUUCGAACAACAUUCCAACUUCAUCUCCAGCUAAUGAUCCUGUCUAUACUCAAAGUCAAUUGUCUCAAAUUGCACAUCCACAAAAUAGUCAAUUUUCUAUUCAAACAUUGUUGAAUCAACCUAAAACUGAUUUUCAACCACCAUCCCAAUCCUUAAGCCCCAGCCAUACAAAAAAUCUUAAACCAGGUUAUCAAUAUUUUCAUCAACAAUUACCUCUUACCGAAAAUCAAAGGCAAAAAACUCAAAACCCUAAGGUCAUAUCAGAUACAACAAAGCAGUACCACAGUUUACAAACCCAACAAACAUUUCCCCCCACUUAUUCGAUUCCUGGCACAAAUUCAGCUGGCAAUUUCAUUGGUACAUUUGGUCAUAUAUCUUCUACAGCAGCUACUUCAACCAAUAAUGGCGGUAAUUCAAACUCCAUUCAACCCACAAAACCCUCUCAUAAGCCCAUGAUUUUUGAAGAUACUAAAACUUAUUUACAAAUGCCUUCUCAGUCCUUUGAAUUGCCUUCAUAUUAUACCAUAGUACCCAAUCAUCAACUUCAAGGGCAUUACAUAAAGAAACAAUCAUCUGCAGUUCAAGAAAACCAUCCUCUUUCAAACCCUUCCAUAAUGGUUACCACACAAAAUCCCUUGCUUUUCACUCAAACUCCUCAAGCACAUGCUCCCAUUUCUUUGAAGAAACCCAUGGUGUUUGUUGAAACUCCCAUAGUUCCUUUACAGCCCACUAGGCAACCUCAUAUGUUAUAUGGAGCGCCAUUACUCAAGGCCUCGAAUAUUUUUUUACCUCCACCUGGAGGUGAUAUGCGUAACAGAUAA